AUGAUGUUCGGUUUGCACCAAGAUCCUGGCCUACAGCCUCGCGGGCCUAUGGCCUCACUCAAAGAGGAACCUCUGGCCACGGCUCAACUCGGAAGAGGCUGGCCAAUGCAACCCACCAUGCUCGACCAAAGCAGGAACAUGGAAACAGUUUGCACCGAAUACUUGGUGCCAAGCCAGAGAAUGCUUUUCAGCGCGGGUUUGGGCCGGGCGCACUUCGAGAAGCAGCCCCCGUCGAAUCUUCGCAAGUCGAACUUCUUCCAUUUCGUCAUCGCCCUUUACGACAAAGCUGGUCAACCGGUUGAAGUUGAGCGGACGACAUUCAUCGGCUUCGUCGAGAAACAACACGAACCUGAUGGACAAAAAACCAACAACGGAAUCCAAUACCAACUGCAGUUGCUUUACGCGAACGGCGCCCGGCUAACGCAGGAUCUCUUCGUCAGACUUAUUGACUCCGUCACAAAACAGGCGAUUGUGUACGAGGGUCAGGACAAGAACCCUGAGAUGUGUCGGGUGCUACUGACGCACGAAAUUAUGUGCAGUCGGUGUUGUGAUAAAAAGAGCUGCGGCAACAGAAAUGAAACCCCUUCGGACCCCGUGAUCAUUGACAGGUUCUUCCUGAAGUUCUUCCUGAAGUGCAACCAAAACUGCCUCAAGAAUGCGGGAAACCCACGAGACAUGCGGAGGUUCCAGGUGGUGAUUUCCAGCCAGGUGAACGUGGAGGGGCCUCUGUUGGCCGUCUCCGAUAAUAUGUUCGUCCACAACAACUCCAAGCACGGUCGGCGAGCGAAGAGACUCGACGCGAGUGAAGGCGACACCAUAGGUGAGCUGCAUUCCAUUGGCGAUCCCCACUCUAGAGGCCCCACUCCCAUAACCACCCACUCCGCAACCAGUCUAGGACUAGUCGACGUGAAGAGAGCUCGUUUCAAUGAGGAUCUCAUUUUGAAUAAUCCGGCAUCGCAUUUUACCGAUGUAACAUUUAGUUCGACGCCGGUUAUCAAGGCGAUUAGUCCGUCGGAGGGGUGGACCACAGGGGGCACCUCUGUGAUCAUCAUAGGGGACAACUUCUUCGAGGGUCUUCAGGUGGUCUUUGGAACGAUGCUUGUGUGGAGCGAGAUGAUCACCCCGCACGCGAUCCGAGUGCAAACUCCCCCUCGCCAUAUCCAAGGCGUUGUCGAAGUGACGCUCUCGUACAAGUCAAAACAGUUUUGUAAAAACGCUCCCGGACGCUUUGUUUAUGUUUCCUUGAGCGAUCCGAACCUCGACUACGGUUUCUUACGGCUAGCGAAACUAAUCCCCCGCCAUCUAGGAGAUCCGGAGAAACUCACAAAAGAGACGAUAUUAAAACGGGCCGCCGAUUUAGCUGAAAUGCUGUAUGCGAUGCCGCGUAACAACCAAUUGGCAGGGUUACCUUCACCCCGAUCGCCUAACAACAUGUCUGGAUUCAAUGCUUAUUCUGGACAAUUAUCCAUCAACGUCGAACAGAACGGACAGGAGUACGGCGGAAGGCCACCCUCGGAAGGUGUCUCUCCGCGGGGAGGUGGAUACGGCUCGAAUGCGUCAACCCCCCAUAGUACUUCAACGAACAACAACGCCAACAAUUCCUCGUCGGCAGGAUCACAACCACAAGCGAGCACCGGAUACAGCAGUAUGGGAGCACAGUCCACCGGUACGCCAACUCCCGGUUACGGCAGUCCAACGCCCACGAUGAACGGAAACACGUCGGGAGGAUCAGUAACCCCGACCGGAUCGUCGUCUCAGCAGAUAUUCAACGGUCUAAGAGGCCUUCCCCACCCGAGUCACUACACUCCUUUCACGCCUAUGACGCCCGUUACUCCAAUAGCGCCCGCGUAA